UUAUAGUAUUACCCAUAUAUUAUCAUUAAGAACCCUUUCGUUAUUUGUCAAAGCGCAGACUGCACUGCUUAACUGUAACACUAAACCCAGCGGCGCCUUUCCUCCAGACUUUACGGCAGUUACACAUCGACAUGCGCCGCUGUCGCAGCCGCCGCUCAGCCAACCAGUGCGGUGUUGUGAUUUAAUGGAUCACCGCAGCUUGGCAGCUUUUCGCCGAUUUUCUGUGCUGUUUUAAAUCAUAUUAAAGUCCUGUUUGGUGCUCCUUUAACGCAAUACAACAUCCGGUCAAGUGUUCAUCCCGACACAGCCCCUUUAGGCUGUGGUGUUGGCUCUGCGGCUGGGAUGUAGUCAACGCUAGCUGGAGCGACUGGACGGAACCAGCUCCUGUGUUUUCGGACCUGCUUUGUUAACAGCGAUUGGCCGGAUCCAGCUUUCUCUGGAAUGCAUCUCUCCAAGAAAUGUUCCGUGUUCAAAGUGGUGCUGAGUGCCCUUCUGAUCGUGGCGCUGCUGCAGCUCAUUUACCUGUCCUUCCUGUCCAGGUUCCACGGGAAGCAGCAGCGCUACCGCUACUCGGAGCUGUUUGGAGGCUCCGCGGCCAAGAAGAAUGCGCAUCCCGAGAAAAACACGCGGAAGGAGCGGCUGAGGUACUCUCUGUCCAGUGGUGGGAUCUUUGACAACAGCGGCCAGUACAGAGUAUACAAAAACUUGAUAAAGAGUGAUUUCACUACGAAUCAGAAACCAGGUUCCCACUCAAACUCUGACAUCCUGACUCUGGCCACUCAUACUACCAUCAACAACCUGCACCACCUGGAAUCUCUGCUGGAAAGAUGGAAGAAUCCUCUCUCCGUGGCGAUAUUUGCACAUGGGGAAGACGUUAAAUUUGCCACAGCUUUGGUUUAUGCACUCAGCUUCUUCUGCCCUCAAAUCCAAGCCCUUGUGGACUUCCACUUGGUCUGCCUGUCAGGAGAGACGGCCAGUUUCCCUGAACAGGACCGGGAACACUUUGCUGGCCUGGAAGACUGCGCUUCAGUGUUCUCCAGACUGGAAACCCACAGGGAUAAAUACCAAAACUACGCCAUGAGCGGAAACAUCUCCUACCCAAACAACCUUCUCCGUAACGUUGCCCGUGGUGGCACAGAGUCCUCCUACAUCCUGGUCAUUGACAUCGACAUGAUGCCGAGCGCUGACCUCCACCAGCAGUUCCUCGCCAUGAUGCUGAGACGGCCACCGGCGGCCGACGAGGUGUUUGUCCUCCCUGCUUUUGAGAUCCGUCAUGCCAGGAAGAUUCCCUCGACGAAGGCAGAGUUGGUACAGCUUUACCAGGUGGGAGAAGUCCGGCCGUUUUAUGAGGAGUUGUGCCCACGCUGUCAGGCUCCCACCAACUACUCCCAGUGGGUCAACAGCCAUGUUAGAGAGACGGGCACCCUGGAAGUUGCUUACACACUCAACUGGGUGGACCCCUGGGAGCCCUUCUACAUCGGGCCUCGAACUGUCCCCUUAUAUGACGAGAACUUCAAGCAGUAUGGCUUCAAUCGAAUCAGCCAGGCGUGCGAGCUGCAUGUGGCCGGAUUCAGGUUCUCUGUGCUGAGCUCGGCCUUCGUCGUGCACCGCGGCUUCAAGAUCCAGGGGGAGUUCCACGCUAAGAAAGAGGAGGAGAACAAACAGAACCGGGUUUUGUUUCGCAGCUUCAAAGAGGGCCUGAAAACCAAAUACCCGUCCUCUACCCGACGAUGCUGAGGGGGGGAAAAAAAGAUGACUGACCUAAGCCAACUUUUAAAGUUAUAACAUAGAUGUAUGGGAGAGGAGUUUCAGCUGGUUCUCUUACUUCAUAUAUAUAAUAUUUAAAGUCUAUCUCAAAGAUAGACUGCACAGAAGGUUUAUGAUGGGAUUUCAGAAAAUGGGUCAAUAAUCCUUCAGUUUAUUGCAUUCUGGUUCAAACACGACUACAGAUUGAAUUUUAUUAGGUAAAAUCUAAACAUAUGAGGUCUUACUUUAUACGUUAUGUUGAUAUCCAGAUACAAAAGUAGAAAAGAAUUGCCUUAAAUCACAUUGAAAGGACAUUUCUAGUCAAAUAUCUACUUUAGAAGCCUUGGCCCAAAGAGUUUAAACACAAAAAGCAACAGCCAUGUAUGAAAUUCUCGCAGUAUUACCUGUCAUAAAAAUGUGACAGAGUCCCAGUAUUUACACCAAAAUUAAAA